AUGACGCAAAAGAUAUUAGCCCGUCCUGAAAAUGGUGUGGUGGUGGUAAUUUUAAUUUCUUUUCUUCAGUGUGGUAGACUUCAUGAAGCUCCGAGAGAAGUGGAAUUAUUGAAAAAGAAAUUCUCAUUGCAACAAUUGGGAAAGAAGAAGUGGCUUGAAAACCGAGAAUUAGAAUAUUCAAAAUCCUUUCCAGUGGAGUUUAUGAAUGAUAUGAAAUUUGUGCUGAGUCACAUUAAGAAAUAUGGACAUGGGCUAGCAUAUGCAUCAACUUGUUUCAAAGAAGACAGAGAUUUUGUGUUGAAAGCAGUUCAAUAUCAGGGAUUAGAAUUACAAUUCGCAAAUGUAAAUAUGCACAAAGAUCAAGAAAUAAUAUUGGCCUCCUUAAACCGAAAUCCGUAUGGAUUUAGAUUUGCCUCAAACGAACUUCUAAAAAACAAAGAAUUUGUGUUGAACACAGUUAGAAAGAACGGGCACGCUUUACUCUAUGUUGACGAUGUAUUUUUGCAAGACAGAGAAAUAAUUUUAGCUGCUGUGCAGCAAAACGGUGAAGCAUUAAGGUACAAUCAAGCCUUAGAAUUGAAAGACGAUAGGGAGAUUAUUUUUGAAGCAAUCAAACAAACGAAGAAGGCGUUUCAAUGGAUAUCAACGAGCUUACUUAGAAAUACUCAUUUCAUGUUGCAAGCUUUAAAAUUUGUGGGUGCUGAAAUUUAUAUAUUUGACUAUUCCAACAAAGAAAUAAUGCUCAAAGCUGUUCAAGAUUUGGGAUUUUUACUCGAAUUCUCAUCUGAUGAACUCAAGAAAGAUCGAGACAUUAUUUUGACUGCAGUUCGAAAAGCUAUCAAGUUAGGAUGUAAAAACGUUCUGGAGUAUGCUUCACAAGAGGUUGCUACUGACAAAGAAUUUGUGUUAAAAGCGCUCAAAUUUAACAGUCUUGAAGUAAUAGAAUCCUUAAAUUCAAACUUUAAAGCUGAAAAAGAAAUCAUUUUAGAAGCAGUGAAGAAUGAUGGACGCUCGUUAUUUUAUGCUAGCAAAGAGUUGCAGAAAGAUCCAGAGCUUGAUAUGGAAGCUCUUAAAUGCAAUGGCUAUGUGUUAGAGUAUCAAGCCAGAAUAGAACAUUGCUAUUUCGGAGCAUAUUUGGGCAUAACCGAACGUUGA